AUGACGAUAUGGAGCAGAUGGGCGAUUCUUGAGAUCCCCAGCCGUGGACGAGGUGACAUUGUACAGCGCGGCGCGAAUGAGGAGGCAGCUGAGCAGAUCAGGAAAUUGAUCGAAGAUGAGAAGGAUAAGCUUCAAAUCAUUGGCGAUGAGGCGUGGAGCAAGGGUCUCGAGGAGUCUCGGCAAUAUCUCGAGGAGAGCUCAAGCUUAAACGAUUGGUAA